GGGAGGAGCGUUGCGGGACCGCCGGCACCGCGCUGCCACUCGCCCGUCCGCUCCUCCCGGGGCGGUCACCGCUGCCCGCGGUGCGGAACAUGGACCGGCUGAGCGUGCUGGACCAGCUCCUUCCAGAGCUCAGCAUCCUGCUCAAGCUGCUGGACCAUGAGUACCUGAGUGCCACGGCCCAGGAAAAGAAGGUGGCUGUGUCCUCCAUUCUGCAGAAGCUGCAGCCACCCACAGGGAAGGACACGGACUUCAUGUAUGUGAACACGGCCUCCCUGAGCAAUGGCACCAGCUUUGUGGAGUCACUCUUCGAGGAGUUUGACUGUGACCUGCGGGAUCUCCGGGAUAUGCAGGAGGAUGAUGGGGAUACUAAUGACAGCGUUGGUGUGGAGCUCACGAGGAACCAGCCAGCAAAGAGCGCUCCUGCAGACCCCCCUCCGCCUCUGCCCACCACCCCCCCACCUGAGGAUUACUAUGAGGAAGCGCUGCCCCUGGGCCCAGGCAAGGCCCCCGAGUACAUCACCUCCCGCAACAGCUCCAGCCCCCCCAACUCUAUCAUGGAUGGCUACUAUGAGGACGCAGACAGCAACUACCCCGUCACCAGGAUGAACGGGGAGCAGAAGAACUCUUACAACGACUCAGAUGCCAUGAGCAGUUCCUACGAAUCUUAUGACGAAGAGGAGGAGGAGGGGAAAGGCCAGCAGCUGACACACCAGUGGCCAUCAGAAGAAGCCUCCAUGAACCUGGUGAAGGACUGUAGAAUAUGCGCUUUCCUGCUGCGCAAGAAGCGGUUCGGGCAGUGGGCCAAGCAGCUCACCAUCAUACGGGAUGGCAAACUGCUGUGCUACAAAAGCUCCAAGGACCGGCAGCCACACGUGGAAGUGCUGCUGAGCACCUGCAAUGUCAUCUAUGUCCCCAAGGAUGGGCGACGCAAGAAGCACGAGCUGCGUUUCUCACUGCCCGGUGCUGAGGCACUGGUGCUGGCUGUGCAGAGCAAGGAGCAGGCUGAGGAAUGGCUGAAGGUGAUAAAGGAAGCAAGCAGUGCAGGAGCAAGUGGGAUGGAAGUCCCCACGUCCCCAGUGAUGCCCUGCAAGAUGGACCUGGAUAAGAGGCUGUCACAGGAGAAGCACACCUCUGACUCAGACAGUGUGGCGACGGGUGAGACCUGCUCCCCCAUGGCCCGCAGAGAGCACUGUGAGAAUGGGAAAGGCAAGAAAAGUGGCUUGGCUGACCUGAAGGGCUCAAUGAGCCGGGCAGCAGGGAAGAAGAUCACCAGGAUCAUCAGCUUCUCCAAGAAGAAGCCUUCCCCCGAGGACACGCAGACCUCCUCCACUGAGGAGGAUAUCCCAUGCUGCGGCUACUUGAGCGUCCUGGUCAACCAGUGCUGGAAGGAGCGCUGGUGCCGCCUCAAGGCCAACACCCUCUACUUCCACAAGGACCGCACCGACCUGCGCACCCACGUCAACGCCAUCAACCUCCGGGGCUGUGAGGUGGUCCCAGGGCUGGGCCCCAAACACCCCUUUGCAUUCCGUAUCCUGCGCAGUGGGCAGGAGGUGGCUGCGUUAGAGGCAAGCUGCUCAGAAGAUCUGGGCCGCUGGCUGGGCCUUCUCUUGGUGGAGACGGGCUCCAAGACUGCACCGGAGGCUUUACACUAUGACUAUGUGGAUGUGGAGACGAUUGCUAACAUUGUGACAGCCGUCAGGCACUCCUACCUGUGGGCCAGCAGCUCCCAGGACAGCCGACCUGACUCCUCCCGUGUGGUGUACGAUGAUGUCCCCUAUGAAAAGGUUCAGGCUGAGGAGGAGUCAGGACGGCCAGCGGGAGCCCAGGUGAAGCGCCAUGCCUCCUCCUGCAGCGAGAAGUCGCGGCGAAUUGACCCACAGGUCAAAGUGAAGAGACACGCAUCAAAUGCCAACCAGUACAGGUAUGGGAAGAACCGGGCUGAGGAGGAUGCCAGGCGUUUUCUGACAGAGAAGGAUAAGCUGGAGAAGGAAAAAGCAGCAAUCCGCAGUGAGCUGGUACUGCUGCGGAAAGAGAGGAGAGAGCUGCGGGAAGCCAUGAAAAGCAGCUCAGGAGUGAAGCUGCAGGACCUGGAGCAGCGUGUGGCUUUGUUGGAGGAGCAGUGCCGGCAGAAGGAGGAGCGCCGCGUCGACCUGGAGCUCCAGCUAAGCGAAGUGAAGGAGCAGCUGAAGCAGUCGUUGGCAGGAGGGCCGGCCCUGGGGCUGGCUGUGACUGGCAAGGCUGAGAAUGGGGAAGCUACAAACAAGCCAAAUGGGAGCCCCCCUGAGCACUUGGUUCCUGUUAACAGCGCAGCUGAACUGAGAAAGAGAAGCCCUUCCAUCCUUCCUGCCAACAAGGGCAAUGUGCUGAGGAAAGCCAAGGAAUGGGAAAAGAAGCAGACUUAAAGCAAGCAGUGGGAACAUCUGCCAGGCUCCAAUGGACACUGUGGCCCACUGAGGAGCUACAAGGCCCCACUCUCCCAGGCGUGGGGAGAAGUGCCCUCCCUUGCCCCUCUGCUACAGCACCUGCCACAUGGGCAACACUAUGGACUGUAGGGGAGGGGAUUUACACAGAGGGGGGGGUGAGGCGCUGGAACAGGCUGCCCAGAGAAGCUGUGGAUGCCCCAUCUUUGGAGGCAUUCAGCGCCAGGUGGGAUGGGAUCCUGGGCAGCCUGAUCUAGAGGUUGGCAACUCUGCCCAUGGUGGGGGGGGGGGUUAGGGUUAGGACGAUCUUUAAGGUCCCCUCCAACCUAAGCCAUCCUAUGACUGGGGAGGCAGGUGGGGAACAGGAGUCCUUUGGUGAUCAGGGUCAUGUAUUACUGGGGAACCUAUCUCUGUGGCCAGGAGCUUGGCACAAGGCACAUACCUGUGUGACACAGACAGCACGUGGGACAGAUGCAGCCAUCGGACACCCUGCUUUAUCGAGAUCCAUGUUCUACCCACCAGAGGCCUGGCAAAUGUUUUCCAAAGUGACUGCGGACUGCUUGGGGAUUCGUGGCUGCCUGGACACUGGGGUUUAUGAGCUCAGGACCUGAUCCUUUGGAGAUGCCCAUCAUUCACCCUUCUGACUCUCAGCUCCUCGGGGUCUCAUCUCAGGGUUCUUUGUACCUCUGGCUCACUCUGCUGCAUGCCCUCACCCAGUGCCCCCUCCUUGUCCUCCAGGCACACUUGCUUCCUUUGGGAAGAAACAAAGCUCAAGCAUCAGCAAAUUAACAGUGGACACCUUUUGAUCUUAUGGAGCAGCACAGUGCUGCUGUAAGAGCUGAGGCUGGAGGAGGCAGCCCGACUCCCCAGCCCCAUGCUGCUGGAAGGGCCUGGGAUAUAGAGUUUGCCAAAGCACGUCGUCAAUGUGGAGCAAGGGGAAGUUUGACAAUAAAAACAUUUAAAAAGUGCUUUCAAGUGAGAGGACUGGAACAGCAAGGAGGGACGGGGGAAGGUCAUUCAGCACAGGUAGAAACAAGGGAGAGGAACAAAAAGGGAAGACCCAGGCUGGUGUGCCAGGGACAACAGAGCACCAUUUGCUGCUAGUUUCCCUCUGCAGCUUGUUCCCCUUUAACAACCCCAUCAGCAGCUCGCAAUAAAACCACUGGCACGGCCCUCUCGGGGCUGCAGGGAGAGAA